GCCGCCGCCGGCUCGCUGGCUCGUAGGAAAUCGUCGGGCGGGGAAGCUCGACGUGUCCGGAAAGGUGCGCGCUGCUUCGAGCCCAGGCGCCUCCGUUUCCCCCUCGCCUGCCUGCAAACGGCCGCGAAGGGCGCGCGGCGAUCGGGCACCAUGCUCGACCCGUCCUCCAGCGAGGAAGAGUCCGAGGAGGUGUUGGAGGAAGAGCGACGGGAUGUGCUGGUGGUGGUGGCGGCUGUUGGGGGCGCCGGCGCCGCCAACAGCUCGCAGCGAUGCCUCCCGGCGGCCGCUCACCGAGAGCCGGGGCGCCCGGUGGGCGGCGGCGGCGGGGUGGCUGCUAGACCGGCCAGCCCCAGCCCUUCGGUGCGCAGCGAAGGCAAAGAGGAGCAGGAGCGGCUGCAGAGGGAGGAGAACGAGAAGCGGCUCCGGCUGCAGCUUUACGCCUUCAUCGUGAGGUGCAUCGCGUACCCGUUCAACGCCAAGCAGCCGACGGAUAUGGCCCGGCGGCAGCAGAAGCUGAACAAACAACAACUACAGGUUGUGAAGGAGCGGUUCCAGGCCUUUCUAAAUGGAGAGACUCAAAUCAUGGCCGAUGAAGCAUUUUGCAACGCAGUUCGAAGCUACUAUGAGGUAUUUCUCAAGAGUGAUCGAGUUGCCAGGAUGGUCCACAGUGGAGGAUGCUCAGCAAAUGACUUCAGAGAUGUUUUUAAGAAGAACAUAGAAAAGAGGGUCCGAAGCUUGCCUGAAAUAGAUGGAUUAAGCAAAGAGACUGUGCUCAGUUCUUGGAUAGCCAAAUAUGAUGCCAUUUACAGGGGAGAGGAGGACUUGUACAAACAGCCCAACAGGAUGGCUUUAAGUGCUGUGUCAGAACUUAUUCUGAGCAAAGAACAACUGUAUGAAAUGUUUCAGCAGAUUCUAGGAAUAAAGAAACUGGAGCAUCAAUUGAUCUACAACGCCUGCCAACUGGACAAUGCAGAUGAGCAAGCAGCCCAGAUUAGACGUGAACUUGAUGGGCGCCUCCAAAUGGCUGACCAAAUGGCAAAAGAGAGAAAAUUUCUGAAAUUUAUAGCGAAAGAAAUGGAGCACAUGUAUAUAGAAGAAUUGCGGUCUUCAGUGAAUUUGCUAAUGGCAAAUUUGGAAAGUCUUCCAGUAUCUAAAGGUGGCCCAGAAUUUAAACUGCAGAAGUUAAAGCGAUCACAGAAUUCUGCUUUCUUGGACAUAGGAGAUGAAAAUGAAGUUCAACUGUCAAAAUCUGAUGUGGUGCUGUCAUUCACGUUGGAGAUUGUUAUAAUGGAAGUUCAAGGCCUAAAGUCACUAGCUGCCAGCCGUAUUGUCUACUGCACCAUGGAAGUGGAGGGAGGAGAGAAACUCCAAACAGACCAAGCUGAAGCGUCAAGACCACAAUGGGGAACGCAAGGGGAUUUUACCACGACUCAUCCUCGGCCAGUAGUCAAAGUGAAACUUUUUACAGAAAGCACUGGGGUCCUGGCACUUGAAGAUAAGGAGCUAGGAAGGGUAGUAUUGUACCCUACAUCCAAUAGCUCAAAGUCACCUGAGCUGCAUAAAAUGAUAGUCCCUAAAAACAGCCAAGACUCUGACUUGAGGAUAAAACUGGCAGUGCGGAUGGAUAAACCGCCACACAUGAAGCAUUGUGGGUAUUUGUAUGCACUGGGACAGAAGGUUUGGAAGAGGUGGAAAAAGCGCUACUUUGUUCUCGUACAGGUAAGCCAAUAUACAUUUGCUAUGUGCAGCUACAGAGAAAAGAAAUCUGAGCCUCAGGAGUUAAUGCAGCUUGAAGGAUACACUGUGGACUAUACAGCACCUCAUCCAGGCCUCCAGGGUGGUCAGGUGUUCUUCAAUGCUGUAAAAGAAGGUGACACUGUGAUAUUUGCCAGCGAUGACGAGCAAGAUAGAAUCCUGUGGGUUCAAGCAAUGUACAGGGCAACAGGUCAGUCUUAUAAACCCAUUCCUGCAAGUCAAGCACAGAAGAUUAAUUCAAAAGGAAGCAAUAUCCACACAGACGUGUCACAGAAUGCAGAUCGUGCUCAGAAGCAUGGCAUGGAUGAGUUUAUUUCUGCAAAUCCUUGCAAGUUUGACCAUGCUGCACUCUUUAGAGUACUUCAGAGGCAGACCUUGGAUCACCGAUUGAAUGAUUCCUAUUCUUGUUUGGGUUGGUUUAGCCCAGGCCAAGUCUUCGUGUUAGAUGAAUAUUGUGCUCGUUACGGUGUGAGAGGCUGCCAUCGCCAUCUCUGCUAUCUGAAUGAAUUGAUGGAACACUCAGAGAAUGGCGCUGUCAUUGACCCAACCUUGCUCCAUUACAGCUUUGCCUUUUGUGCUUCUCAUGUUCAUGGCAACAGGCCUGAUGGCAUUGGAACUGUAACAGCUGAAGAGAAAGAAAGGUUUGAAGAUAUUAAGGAAAGGCUUUCUUCACUUUUAGAAAACCAGAUAAGCCACUUCAGGUACUGCUUUCCUUUUGGGCGUCCUGAAGGAGCUUUAAAAGCUACGCUUUCAUUACUUGAAAGGGUCUUAAUGAAAGAUAUUGCCACUCCCAUACCAGCAGAAGAAGUGAAGAAAGUGGUUAGAAAAUGUCUGGAGAAAGCGGCCUUGAUCAAUUACACUCGGCUUACAGAUUAUGCCAAAAUAGAAGCUACAAAUGAGAAGGACCCAGAGACACUGAAUCAAGCAUCUCCUUCUGUAAAGCUGGAAGAGGUUAUUCAUUUAGCAGAGCUCUGCAUUGAAGUCCUGCAGCAGAACGAAGAGCACCAUUCAGAGGCAUUUGCUUGGUGGCCUGAUUUGUUGGCUGAACAUGGAGAGAAAUUUUGGUCUCUUUUUACUGUUGACAUGGAUUCAGCACUGGACGCACAGCUGCAAGACUCCUGGGAUAGUUUCCCUCUUUUCCAGUUGCUUAAUAACUUCCUGAGAAAUGACCCACUUUUGUGCAAUGGAAAGUUUCACAAGCACUUGCAAGAGAUUUUUGUUCCCUUGGUCAUCCGCUACAUUGAUCUCAUGGAAUCAUCCAUUGCCCAGUCCCUUCACAGAGGUCUUGAACAAGAGUCAUGGCAGCCCGUCAAGACCAUCACCAACAGUCUUCCCAAUGUAGCUCUUCCAAAAGUUCCAAGUUUGCCUCUUAAUCUUCCACAGAUACCUAGUUUUUCUACACCAACCUGGAUGGCUUCUUUAUAUGAUUCCACUAAUGGCUCGGCAACAUCAGAAGACCUCUUCUGGAAACUCGAUGCACUACAGAUGUUUGUCUUUGAUCUCCACUGGCCAGAACCAGAAUUUGCCCACCACUUAGAGCAAAGACUUAAACUCAUGGCCAGUGAUAUGAUAGAAGCCUGCAUCAAAAGAACGAGAAUUGCUUUUGAACUCAAGCUACAAAAGACGAACAAAUCAACAGAUUUGCGUAUUCCCUCCUCUGUAUGCACAAUGUUCAACGUGUUGGUAGAUGCCAAGAAGCAAACUGCUAAACUGUGUAUUCUGGAUGGCGGGCAGGAGUUUGCUAAUCAGUGGCAACAGUACCAUUCGAAAAUAGACGACUUAAUUGAAGACACCGUGAAAGAAGUAAUUUCGCUUCUUGUUUCAAAGUUUAUUGCAGUGCUAGAAGGUGUACUGUCUAAACUAUCAAGGUAUGAUGAAGGCACUUUCUUCUCGUCAAUACUUUCAUUCACUGUGAAAGCAGCUGCAAAAUAUGUUGAUGUUCCUACUGCAGACCACAACUGUAAACCAGGGAUGGAUCUAGCAGAUACUUACAUUAUGUUUGUUCGUCAAAAUCAAGAUAUACUCCGAGAUAAGGUCAACGAAGAAAUGUACAUAGAAAAAUUGUUUGAUCAAUGGUAUAGCAGCUCCAUGAAAGUCAUAUGUGUGUGGCUGGCUGAUCGAUUAGAUCUCCAACUUCAUAUCUACCAGCUGAAGACUCUCAUCAAAAUAGUGAAGAAGACCUAUCGAGAUUUUAGGUUGCAGGGAGUGCUGGAAGGAACGCUGAACAGUAAAACGUACGAUACUGUCCACAGCCGUCUAACGGUAGAGGAAGCCACGGUCUCUGUGUCAGAUGGGAGUGGACUUCAAGGCAUCACUAUGAAGGACAGCGAUGAAGAAGAAGGCUGACCUUCUGUGUCUCUCAUAAGGUGUUUGUUUUGUAACUUGUUCUUACAUUUGCGUCUCUGGUUUCGCCUUAAUGCCCUGUACUACACUAAAUUCAUCCCACUCAAAGGAAAGAGAAAAAUGGCCUCUGAAAGAUGGGUUAGAAAUGGGGGUGGAGGCUUUUGGUGCCAAGAAUGUUCUAAAAACAAUGGGGGGUGGCAUAUUUUUUCUGUGUAGCUUUGCUUUGCGCUGUGAGAAUGCCAGCGUGGAAUCCGAGCUCCACUUGUGCUUCGUUCCUUUUUGUUCGUAGCGUUGCAGUCUCUUCCCGUAACUUCACUGAAGAGUGGGCAUGCCCUGUGCAGAAAUCAAACUAUGUACAUCACACAUCCCUACCAGCAGUCAUUCUCGGACUCUUUGGUUCCACUGUACAAAGCAAACGUUGUGUCAUUUGCAAGAAUUACAGCCCUACCUGUAUUUUCCAUGG